GCCGAUUGUUUAGGAAUUACUCGGGUUUUAGAAAAGCAGAGUUCCCCAUUUAAGGGUUCAAUUAAGGGUUUAUCGGCCUUCCCUUUCAAAAAAAAGAGGUUUAUCGGCCUCUCUCUUUCGCAAACUCACCUGCAGGCAGAAAUGAAGGUUAAAGUGAUAUCGCGUUCCACAGAUGAAUUCACUCGGGAACGAAGUCAAGAUUUACAGAGAGUAUUUCGUAACUAUGAUCCCAGUCUUAGACCUCAGGAGAAGGCAGUGGAGUAUGUUCGAGCUCUUAAUGCUGCUAAAUUAGAGAAGAUUUUCGCAAGGCCGUUUGUCGGGGCAAUGGAUGGGCAUAUUGAUGCGGUUUCGUGUAUGGCCAAGAAUCCAAUUUAUUUGAAAGGAAUAUUUUCAGGUUCCAUGGAUGGAGAUAUUCGCCUUUGGGAUAUAGCCUCCAGGCGAACUGUUUGUCGUUUUCUUGGUCACCAAGGUGCGGUGAAGGGUUUGACAGCAUCAACAGAUGGACGCGUUCUUGUAUCAUGUGGACUUGAUUGCACUGUCAGGCUGUGGAAUGUUCCAGAUCCUUCUGUCAUGGGUUGUGAUGAAUCUUCUGGUGGCUCUUCAACGGCUUCUGCUGUUUACACGGGGCAAAAUGCAUACAGAGCUGUUGAUCACCAAUGGGGUGGGGACCUUUUUGCUACAGCUGGAGCACGGUUGGAUGUAUGGGAUCAUAACAGGUCACAGCCAAUAAACAGCUUUGAAUGGGGAGUCGACACUGUCGUAUCUGUUCGUUUUAACCCUGGAGAACCAAGUGUGCUGGCUACAUCAGGCAGUGAUCGCAGCAUUGCAAUCUACGAUCUUCGUUUGUCUACCCCAGCAACGAAGAUUAUCAUGCAGACAAAAACUAAUUCAAUUUCUUGGAAUCCAAUGGAGCCAUUGAACUUCACUGCGGCAAAUGAGGAUUGCAACUGCUAUAGCUAUGAUCUUAGACACCUGACUCAAGCCAAGUGUGUUCACCAAGAUCACGUCUCUGCUGUGAUGGACAUUGAUUACUCUCCUACCGGUCAAGAAUUUGUUACAGGGUCUUAUGAUAGAACAGUAAGAAUUUUCUCCAAAAAUGGUGGCCACAGUCGGGAAAUAUACCAUACCAAGAGGAUGCAAAGGGUCUUCUGUGUCAAGUUUAGUGGGGAUGCUUCUUAUAUUGUAUCUGGAAGUGAUGACACUAACCUGCGCCUGUGGAAAGCUAAAGCAUCUGAGCAACUAGGAGUUCUUCUUCCUAGGGAGAAAAAGAAGCAUGAUUAUGACGAGGCUGUAAUGAAACGUUAUAAGCAUCUUGAAGAGGUGAAGCGUAUUGUAAGGCACAGACACUUGCCUCUAGCGAUUUACAAAGCACAGAUUUUGAGACGUACAAUAGUUGCGGCACAGCGGAAGAAAGACGACAGAAGAAGAGCUCACAGUGGCCCAUCCAGUGUGCAAAAGAAGCCACUGCGACAGAGUAAAAUCCAUGGCCAGAUUGAGUGAGUGUUGCAUCAGCGUCAAAAUUGAUACACUUGAUGCUGUCCAGAAUCUAAAAGUUCUGUUGCAACUAAAACGUAUGCACGAGGAAGAUGGUGUGCAUAUCACUUGUAUCAGAACACAGGGAGGGACAUUAGCUAUCUCUUAACAAAGUUAUCAUCUAAAUUUUCAAACGUGCCCCUGCUCUUUGUGUGUCCGGCAAACUACGAAUCUGGAUCCUGCAAUAUUCAUUAGCAGGGCUCCAUUUUUAUUUAAUGUCUUGAAUAUUUUCUAGUUUAUUGCACUAGGUUGCUUUCAUUCUUUUUUACUCAUAAUUUUAGUUUCAAUUAGCAAGAACAUAGAUCCAUUAUUUACUUAAAUGUAUCAUUGUAUGAUAAUUUCAGGAUCCUCUGUAUUAGACUAUUAGCUCUUCCUCAUAACAGGAUAAGCAAGAGCUUUACUUAUUGUAAUUUUUGGUGAAAGCACUAUUGCACUAGGGCUUGUUUAAUGUCACAUUGUUACAAAGAAUA